AAAGUAAAGCAAGGAAGUUCUUUUUCAAUUCAGACAAGCUCGCAGUCGGACUGAAAGUUUCUUCAAUCAAAUCGAAUAAUUUCUUAAUCAUCCUGUGCACAAUGUUUAUGCAAAAAUCGGAUCGCAAUGCCAUCUACACGGUGCUCUUUCGCUCGGCCGUGAUGUUUGCUGAGCGUGCACUGCAAAAGCGUCAUCCGGACAAAUCGCUGAAUCAUUUGACCAACUUGCAAGUGAUUAAAAUACUGAAAUCCCUCAAGUCACGUGGCUAUGUGUCGGAGCAGAUCGCCUGGCGUCAUUAUUACUGGUGUCUGAACAACGAUGGCAUCGAAUACUUGCGUGGGUAUCUCCACAUGCCCUCCGAAGUUGUUCCCUCGACGUUGCAACGUCGCAAGGAACCGGUGCGAAUGUCUCGCAACAACCGAGACGAUGGAACACGCGGACUUCAACGCGACUUCAAGGAGCGUGAGGAUCGUUCCACCUAUCGACGCAACGAUGAGGAUAAGACUGGAGAGGUGGGAGCUGGAGCUGGUUCCCUAGAGUUCCGUGGAGGGUUCGGACGUGGCAGGCGUUAGGAGAGCUUCGGACGUGGCAGGCGUUAAGCAGGAUGAAGAGUGAGAGGAGAGAAAGAAGUGUAAACCAGAGAAGUCUUUAACAAAUAAAUGUGACGACCUUCCAUUGUA